AUGAAAAGACCCAACGCCACUGGCGGUGGUGUGCACAACGACGAUGUUGAUCUCGGCGGCGGCGUUGGCAGGUUCUACGGCUGGCCUUCCUCGCGAAUUGUUAGGGUUUCGCGAGCAUUCGGCGGGAAGGAUAGGCACAACAAGUCGAGCAAGGCGGUGGAGUGGCUACUCAAGGCAACAACGAGCUCGAUUGAGGAGCUAUCGCCGAUGAACACCUUGUUCCCCGACACACCCAAGCAGCUGAGCGAUGAGAAGAGGUCGAGCACCGCUGGCAGCGAUCAGCUCUGCUUCGACUCCGCUGAGAUCGAUUUGGACGGCAGCGGCGAUCCAAAUUACUCCCAGCAGCAGCAGGUGACCAAAUCGUCAGCGUGCAGCAGCACUUCUGAAACCAACAAGGGUUCAGGGCUGUCUCUGUCUAGAUCUAAGAGCCGAAUCAAGGCGCGGAAGCGGGCCAAGUAG